AUGCCCUCCUCCCAAAGGAAGAAAGCCCUCCAAAACAGCCUCCCUCUCGACGUCCUCGGCGCAGGCGACACAGAACUAAUCCACCCGCUCCUCCCCUCCCCGCUCUCCUCAACCGCCUUCUCUACCCUCCUCACCGAGGUAAACUGGCGCACAAUGCUCCACCGCGGCGGCGAAGUCCCCCGACGCGUCGCAGUCCAAGGCACCUCCAUCCCCGACCCCAUCCUCCCCAACACCCACGCCUUCCCCAUCUACCGCCACCCCGCCGACACACCUCCUGAUCUCCACCAAGAACGCUUCACGCCCACCGUCGAGCAGAUCAGGAAGAUCGCCGAGGAGAAAGUGGGACAUGAGCUUAAUCAUGUCUUGAUCCAGCAUUAUCGAGGAGGACAGGACUUUAUCUCUGAACAUUCUGAUAAGACGCUGGACGUUGUUCGAGGAACGAAGAUCGUGAAUGUCAGUUUGGGUGCGGAGAGGGUGAUGACUCUGAGGUUGAAACGGGAUGCCAUUGCCACGCCGGAAUCAAGUAGCAGUACUACAACCAGCGAAAACACAAACGCCCCAGGGGAUUCCAAACCACCACCACGCCCAGCCCAGCGCAUCCCCCUCCCACACAACUCCCUCUUCGUCAUGGGCCCCGAAACGAACAAGCGCUUCCUCCAUGGAAUCAACCACGACAACCGACCCGAAUCAACAAAGAAGGAAGAAGAACUUGCCUACGGAGGCGAGAGGAUCAGCUUGACGUUCAGAUGCAUCGGGUCAUGGCUUGUGCCCGUUCCCGGUGACACCGCGGCACAGGCUAACGACACUGGCGCUGAACAGAAGUACCUGAUCUACGGACAAGGCGCAACCUCGAAGACCAGGGAAGGCGCCAAACCCGUCCCUCCACCACCUUCUACUUUGAAGGAGACUGAUCCCAACGCAGCGCAGGUGGUUGCAAAGGAAGCCGAAGCGACGAUCAAAGCAUUUGGGGAGGAGAACUUCUCGAGUACGUUUGACUGGGACAAGUGGUAUGGAGAUGGAUUCGAUGUGAUUCAUUUCGUAUGAGCCUACUGCCAUUACCUCAUUUCACCUGGGCGCUUAAGUUGGCGAGCAUUACCACCACUGUCGAUAAAUUAGGAUACCCCAUUUUGCUUGGAAUACUAUAUCGUCAUUUGUUAUUCCA